AUGUUCUCAGGAUUCUCUCUGGCAGAACGCAGCCUGAGUGCAAAAAGUGCAAACAGAUUUGUGGAUUGUAAAGCUAAUUUGCAACAUUUUUUUCUCUAAAUUUCUCUUAAUUUACUUAUCAAAACAUUAUUGGCGUAGAAAGAGGACUCUGGAGAAAUCGUUCAAUUUAUUAAUAUUAUAUGUGUCUGUUACUUUAAUUUACACUUUUAAAUUAAUCGGUUUUUUUAAAUCUUACAUUUACGUAUAGAAGUACGUAAUCUGAAUUUAUUUAUUAAUAUCUAUGAAAAAUAAUGCAUAAAUAUUUAUUGAUUUUUCUUUAUUUACUUUAAAAAUUAUACUUAAAUUAGUUUUACUAUGUGUAUAUAAAUAUUACAUUUUUUUAGGUUAGUCUCAUAAUGAAUUGUAAAUAACAAUUCAGUACAUACAACAUAACGUAAUUGUAUGUUUAUGUACUCUUAUAUUGCAAGUUAUAAUAUGGAUGCAGAUAUAUUAAGAGCGAUAUUAAAAAGUUAUAAUGAUGCAGAAACUUUUAUUCAGUCUGAGAGUUGCAAGGAUAUGUCAAAGGAAAUCUUGCUUUCCCUACAAUCUGAUACAAUAUUGAAUACAUUAUGCCUGUCACUGAGUAGUCUUUUGUGUUAUAAAAUAUCCAAAGAAGCUUAUCAACGCUAUUCAAUCCGAUUAUUAAUAAUUGAUGUCUUACGGAACUGGUGUAGAAUGACAAACAAUUUCAAACAUUUGAAAAUAUUUACAUCCAAAAAAAAUAGCUUAAAGUUUAUGAGUAUUCUUUUAGACAAAUAUCUCACAGAUGAUGUUUUAAAUAAUUGCUACUCGGAGGAUACUUUGAUACGUUUAACUGUUUCUGUAAUGCAUUUGUCAGUUAAGCAUACAAUUUUUAUGCAUUAUACGGAUCGAUUACUCGUAAGACUUUUACAACUGGAAGCAAAUGAUAAAAUUGAAAAACUAUUACAUAAUACUCUAAGCUCAAAUUUGCAUCUUAAACUAUCCACGAAGGAAGAAAUAUAUACUGUACAAAAGUUUAAAUUAAUAGAAGAACCUUUGCUCAAUAGUUUUGUGUGCAUGUUUUCUAAUUUGAAGAAAGAAAAUAUAGAUAACCAAAAUAAUGAGGAGAUGCUACACAACUUAUUAGAACUUAGUGCCAGGUCUGCAUGUGUUUUUCAAUUAAUGUUUAAUUUUUUAAAGGAAUUACUAGUUCAACUGCAAUAUGCAUCUUCAGUCCUAGAGUUCAUAGAUUUGAUGUUAAAGCGAAUAUUUAUUUGUUGUGAAAAUUAUGAUACAGAUAUAUUGGAUCUUUAUCCCAGGAAAUUGCGUUCAUGUAUAAUUUUAUUAAGGAUAAAGUCUAAUCAUCAUACAGCGCAGACACGUAAAUAUACUUUACAGAUUAUGAAACAAAUCUACAAUAAAAAUAGAGAUAUUUCAUUAAUUUUAAUAUCCCAUUUUCCUGAGUGGCUAGAAUGUUUUGCAACUUAUAUUACUAAUAACAUAAAUUGACUAGAAAAUGGUAGUAAUAAUUAUACUAUAAUGUUAUGUAAUGUUAGUGUAAUUGUUUUAUGAUUAAUUUUAGCAAUUUUGUAACAUCUUUGUAUUUUUUGUAUAC